AGAGAAAUGUGUCAUGUGAACGAUGGGAAAGUGAUAAGUUAUCAGGAGUCGCCUUGUUGAACGAUUAUCAAUUAACGUUUGAUCGAGUGUUGUUUUGAGUUUUUGAGUGUCAUCAUUAUGCAGAAUUUCCUGGAUCCAUUCCUUUGUUCCACAGCAGCGAGUUCAGCACCUCAUGCAUUUUAGUGCUCUAGUGAUAUGCCAGAAUGCCCAAGGAAUGUUUGCAAGAGUCAUGAUUUUCCACUCCAAACUGUGUUUAAUUUGAAUGGUUUUAUUCGGUUUACCUCUAUAUAUUUCGCAAUUAUUUGUUUAUUUUUACGGACCGGUAAUGUCUCAUCCACUUAAUGAGGUUGUCUGAUAACUGGGGACCAGCAUGCAUCUACUUUUGCCUCGCUGCCAAAGUUUCAGUUCCAAGUUACUCGUAUCAUUGUCUCAACCAUCAUCUGUCAUUUCUCUCCCAAUCAUAGAACACUUUUUUGAUACUUUUAAAUCCGUAUAUUCUUUACACGACAGAGAAAAUUCAGCCUUGUCAAAGCAGUCUUGAUCUAUAAUGAUGGCUUUCUGGUUUGGUACGGACUUAUCUGACUUCAUGAUCCCUGGAUUUAGUAUUCAUUCAGUCGCAGCAUUCAGUGGAUUAUGUGCUGCUCUUUUUAUCAUAGCAAUAGUGCAUGAAAAUGUCAAGAUUGUGUACGAGUUGCGGAAACUUCAUCGUACCAUUCCCAACCGUUCCUUUUUUAGUUGUUUCUCUGAGAUGUCAGCGCUUUUGACUCAAGAUGCUUCUGGAAGGUACACGAGACCAUCAGCAAGGGAGCUUCAUCCAGUCAGUCAAUUCUUGUGGUUCCUCUCUCAAACAAUCUUAAGUUACUUCUUAAUGCUGAGUGUGAUGACUUUCAAUGGCUACAUUGGCAUAGCAAUUGUUCUUGGAUGUGGACUGGGUUAUUUUCUCUUCAGCUCAGAGUUAGAAAAAACAAUGAUACAUUGCAUUUUUCAAAAAGUUGCAUGUGAUGGACGAAAUCGGCCCUGUGGUAAGUUUUUCAUGAUGAAAGCAGGCUGCUGGAAAGUAACUCCUUUAUGUUUUCCAGGUGCAAGUAAUCUUGAAGCAGAAAAAGUCAGUGACAAAACGGCUCUUUCAGCAAAUGAAAACUGCGAGUGUAACAGUCCGGACUCCGACUCAUCUUUAACUCCUGACCACAUUUUAACAACUGUUGAAGUGCAUACUUGAAUUUUACGUUCUUGAUCUGAAAUGUCUGAAGUUCGCCGCAUAUUAUUUCACUUUCUGAUCAUAAAUAAUUAAUUUUUUAAAAUUUCUUUUUACGUCCAUCAAUGGGGAAAGAGUCAGUGAUUUUAAACGUAGAAUUCUUGCCAAAAAUGAAAGAAUUAUUUGAUAAGCUUUCAUCAAAAGGAAGCUAUUUUAAAGCUCACAAUAUGGACCUUGUUUCAUGACCGAAAAAGAAAAAACGCUGAAGGAGAAAUUGUGUAAUAUUUAUUUUUGUAGCAUAAAGUUUUUCCUCCCCAUGAUGCCUAAAAUUUUGGGUUUUAGCCUUUUUUAUUGCCAUUUUUAAGGAGCGUCAUAACCUGUAUCAAUUUAUUCAAGUACCUAAUAUUUCUGUGAUAUUUAGUGAUUUGAGAGUUUAAGUUUUCAUUCUUUUGUAAGGACAGUUUUUCUGAUUGUUAAAGCAUUUAUCAGUAAUUUUAUCAGCUUUUUCUUGUUAACGGAUUUUAUAAUAUUUUCAUUAGAGCUUCAGUAUUUAUAUUUACACAGAGACUUCAAUCACAGAAGCAGCAAGAAUUUGGUUUGCUGUUAAAAUUAGCGAAUUCAUCACUUUUUACAUCCUGCUCGAUAAUUACAGUAGUAAUUUCCCCUGUAUCAUAGCUCACUCCUCCUCACAAAGCAAGAGAGCCUUAACCUCAUAGCACUCCUUCCAUAACGGACUUGCUCUAAGCUGAUCAUUCAUUAAUCAAGGAUUUCGGUAAGCUUUUUUUUCUUUUUUUUUCAGUAAAUUAGUCAGAAAUUCUCCCCUCUAAUGACUUUAAAAAAUUGCCUUUUGAUGAUUGUAGAAUGAAAGCUGUAGUAAUGGAUUGUUCAUAUCAUUUAGUUAAAAUAGCAGGACCUCCCCUCUCUCUAUUUUUGCCAAUUACCCAGUAGAUGAAAUCUUCAAUUUCCCAUCAACCACAUUGAUAAAAUGGAUCAAGAAAAGCUCUUUGCAGGUGGUGACUAAAAAACUUAUUUGCACUCAUAGAACUAAACGUCUUACACACCCCUCUCAUACUUACUUACCUGAUAAUAAAGCUGAUCUGAAAUUGAGGGUUUGAAGAAUUUUGCAAUGAUCAAGAAGAGGGGUCUAGUCCCAAGCACUUGUGAGGGGUGAGGGAGUGUUGUGCUGAAUGUGAAUAACCAAAGUCUUAUGAAAAAAAAUGUAUGUUGUAUAUCUGUGUAUGCGAUUGUUCUGUAUGUACAGUAUAUCUAUAGUUAGUAUUUGUAUAGUUAAUUGACUUUUGUUCUCAAAAUAAUAUUAAAUGAUCAUCAUAAGUUAGUACUCUCAAAGUGAUAAGCAGACUCUCUAGUGAAAAUGCCAAAAUUAUUCAUCACGAACCAUCUUUCAUUGCAGCACCAUUUCAAGAAGCUGCUUAUGAGAAGGCUCCUAAUCUUUUUUCGCAUUCGUAGGAGAUAUACUUUGAGCUCCGAAAGAUUGGUUGUUUUCAGUGUUAUCAAGCAAUUUAACAAGACUGAGUACCUGACUUAUUUUUAAUUUCUUAAAAAUGUAGGUGAAGUUUUUCAUUACUUACUCAUGUAUCCGGAAGUAAGGUGUUGUUAUGCAUAAUUACCUGUCUACUUUUAAUAAAUGACUUACAGUUGAAAUUUAGUGUGCCAAACUGGAGCUCUUUUUAAGGAAGAAGUUUUUAAGGGAGGGUAAGAAGAACUAAUCAGAUCAUGAAAGUACAAGAACUGUUGAAAAUUAUUUUAAUUUAUGGUUAUUUUGUAAGCUCUAGGGCACUUACAAAAAGAUUCACCCAAGCUUAUUCUUGUCCUAUCUGAAUUUUGAGUCCAAUUUUCCAUAUAAUUACGUUCUAUUCUUCUUGAAGUGUUGCCAUGUCUCAAUUGAAUAUUCAUUACUUGUUAGUUUUAAAACUCAUUGAUUGUCAGCUAAAUGAAAGAGUUAUUUUUCUCUUUUUCAAAGGAAUUGUUAACCGCUCAUCUUUUGUGUUUCUCCACUCUGUGUAUUUUAAUUCCUAAAUUCCAAAGUAAAUAAUCUUUUAUAAAAUUUCAAA